AUGGGGUUCAACCCAUCUCGUGUUGAAUGGGCCUGGAAAGCCACGGGAGGCCGUGGCCUGCAGCCCGCAAUGGACCACAUUCUUGAAAAUGAGGGAAAGCCCGUACCAGAUCUCACAUCAGUGUCUACAUCCGCUGCUCCAAGUGGCGCAGAGCCUAUGGAUGACGAGGACGAGGAUGAGGAAGCGUUAAGAGCAGUGUACGGGAAGGCCGGUAUUGCAGGUGCAGCUGCGGCGAGCGCAGAUGCAGAAGCCAAGAGCAUCAAAUGCGCUGUCUGCGGGAAGGUAUUCAAGAACACGGCUUUGGCAAACUACCAUGCAGAGAAGAGUGGGCAUGACCAAUUUGAGGAAUCUACCGAAGAGGUUAAGCCUCUAACGGAGGAAGAGAAGAAGCAGAAGCUUGCAGAGCUCCGAGAGAAGAUGGCAGAAAAGCGUGCUGUUAAGGCCAAAGAAGAAGCGCAAGAGAAUCUGGCCAAUGAAGCUAUUCGGAGGAAGUCUGGCAAGGACAUCAACGAGUUGCGAGAAGAAAUAAAACACAAGGAGCUAAUCAAAGAAGCUGAGAGUAAGAGGAGGGAGAAACUCGAAGACGCGAAGGCUCGCGCGGCUAUCAAAGCGCAAAUUGAAGCCGACAAGAAGGCUCGUGCAGAGAAGUCCGCGCGGGAGAAGGCGCUUCGUGAAGGAAAGCCUGUAACUGGACCUUCAGAACACUCUGCAGCUCCCGCCGCUUCCUCUUCCACUGCGCCCAAAACAUCGGGAAGGGACUACCCGGAGACUCGAUUGCAGAUCCGAUUAGCCAGUGGGGGGCAGCCGUACACUACCACUUUAUCUAGUGAUGCCACACUGCGCGAAGUAGCCGAGUUUCUUGCUGGUCAAACACUCUCAGUAGAUGUCGACACUGUCACUCUUGCUCAACAUUUCCCAAGGAAAACGUUCGCGCGGUCAGAUUUCUCGCGAACAUUGAGGGACCUUGGUUUGACACCUUCCGCUGUCCUGAUUGCUUCAUGA